AGAAAAUUUUUUUCCCGGCUGCUUCGGUUUUUCCUGUGGCAUUCUUAAAAACGGCGCUAUUUAUUAAUAUUGUUUAAUUGGUUUCCGCCAUGAAAACCUUUAGCUUUUCAUUAUGUAUAGUAUUUAUUGUGAUACAAAGAAUCCACGGACUCUAUGAAGACCAAAUCGGAAAAUUUGAUUGGCGCCAACAGUACAUCGGGAAAGUUAAACAUGCUAUUUUUGAUUCUACGGGGAAGAAAAUUGUUGUUGGCACAGAAGAAAACACAUUAGCUCUUCUUCAUGCUGGCACAGGAAAAAUUGAGUGGCGUCAUUUGCUGGGUAAUAGCGCUAAAAGCAAAAUUACUUCUCUUUUCUUACUCGGUAAUGGAAAAGUAGCAUCUGUCAGCAGUUCCCCUACAAUAGUAAGGGUAUUUGAUGUCUCAUCUGGAAUCCUUCAGUGGGAAACUGCUGUUGCCAAAGACAUACAACCUGUUGUGUGCAAGUGGGCAGUCUCAAAGAGAGAUGUAAUAUCUGUUGAGAUCAAUCCUUCCAGGUCUGGCUAUGACCUCCUCCUGUCUGAGUACAGCUCAGUUAGUGGAACAGAAAAUGUUGCACCAGCUACUGAAUUGCCAUGGUUCACUCCAGGAACUAAUUGCCAGCUAGUUUUCCCACAUUUGGUCUGCUUACAUCCUCAGGAUGAUGCCAUCAACAUUGUGGACAUAAGAAAUUCUGAUUCUCACCAAAGAAUUGAGUUACAGAAUCUUGGUAUAACUGUUGGUGCUGACCAGUUAGUCACCUUGGGGGUUACGAAAAAUUUCGUGUCUUUGAGAACAACAGAUACGUUCUCCUUGUAUAAAGUAACUGAUGAGGGGCUCCAAAGAACCGGUGGCGAAUGGUCUGGAGAAACUGUAUUGGUGAGCGUUCCAACAGUCAAAGAUGCUGAAGCUCAAGGCCAAUACAUGGCUGCCCUAAUGAAACGUGAAAAAAAUUACUCAGUUAGAAUCUACGAUUUGGAAGCCGAUCAAGUACUUGAUGAUGUCAGUGGAGAUCUGAAGUUGCCAAAUCAAGCUGGUGAACCUGAUCUGCUUUCGACCUUCUUGAUGAGAAAACCGAAUGGAGAGCUAAGCUAUCGCUAUGCCAUCAGCACCACUGACAAUUCUUUCCAUUAUGGCUCCAAAAAAGAAGUGUAUUGGACCCGUGAAGAGGCUUUGACUUCCAUUGUCCAAGUAGAGAUGGUUGAUCUUCCUGUGUCUUCCAUCGAAGCAUCUAUUGAAGAAGAAUUUGGUUCAGACCAGCCAUUAAGUGGCAUUUUUGGUCACACCAUCAGACGGCUUAGUUCGCAAUUUCGGCAACUUUUGAUAGUCGCCCAACAACUCGUAGCAGGCCAGAUUAGUUUGGUCCGUCGUGAUGCUGCUGGAAGCAACAACAAGGCACUUGAAAGGGAUCGUUUCGGUUUGCACAAAUUGAUUCUUAUUCUUACCCAACCGGGUAAGCUGUUCGCAAUGGACACAUUAUCCGGUAGGAUUGUUUGGCAACGAUUAUUGAAGAAUGUCAACACCGAUAAAGUUCGCCUUUACGUCCAGCGAACCAGCAUUCAUUACCCGUUGGAGCCACAAUGCACUAUCUUAACCAAAAGUUCCAGUUCUAACCAAGCCGUACUUUUUGUCUUUCAUCCAAUCACUGGUGAGCCGGCUCAGUUUGGAAGUGAAGGCUACGUAAAUCUGGACUACAAUGUGCAACAAGCACUGCUUUUGCCACAAAACGAGGAGACCGAAUACAUGAAACCGCUGUUGCUGCUAGAUGAGUCCGCUGCUCCGCAUGUCUUUCCACCAACUGAAUCAGCCAUAAAUCAUGUAAUCAAAUUGUCCAACAAUUUAUUUAUGUUCGUAGCAGACACGAAGAGCUGCGUAUUGCGUGGUUAUUCGCUGGCCAAGAACACAGCUGAUCAUUUGUCAUCUGCCGCAGUAUGGCAGUUGCAGCUUUGUUCUUCGAGUGAUUCAGUAGAAGAAGAAAUUGUUUCCAUCGUCUCUCGUCAUCCGGAGGAGAAGGUGUUCUCACAAGGUCGCGUAUUGGCCGAUCGUAGCGUUCUGUACAAGUAUCUCAAUCCCAAUAUGGUGGUAGUGGCAACAGCCGGGGCAAAUCAUCCGCACCAUCGUGGGUACGUCAAUCUGUACCUGAUUGAUGUUGUUUCGGGAGCAGUGGUCUUUUCCACUUCUCAUCGCCGUGUCCAGCCGCCUUACCAUGUUGUUUACGCCGAGAACUGGGUAGUGUACUCUUACUACAACGAAAAAUACCGACGAACCGAAUUGGGUUCGCUCGAGUUAUUCGAAGGGCAAACGCAGAGCAACAGCACCGCGUUUUCCUCUUUCACGGCUCCUCAACCGCUCGUAGACCGACAAGCCUACAUCUAUCCGGCCCACAUCUCGGCCAUGAAAGACACUUUCUCCGAACAAGGCAUGACAGCAAAACACAUUCUUCUUGGACUAACAAAUGGGUGGAUCCAAGAACUUCCACGAGUUUUCUUGGAUCCGCGCCGACCAGUUGUGGCUGCUGCUACUCCUGAAAUGCGCGAAGAAGGUAUCAUGCCCUAUCUGCCCGAGUUGCCUGUGCCAGCCGAAGCCAUCAUCAAUUACAAUCAGACAGUCUCCAACAUUAAAAGUAUUUACGUUACUCCGUCUUCACUAGAGUCUACUGCACUUGUCUUCGUCUGCGGUUCGGAUAUCUUCUUUACUCAUGUGACACCCUCCAGGACCUUUGACGUUCUCAACGAUGAUUUUGAAUAUGGUUUUAUCGCAUUGGUUUUGAUUGGAUUGACACUAGCUUCAUUCAUAACCAAACGAUUAGCUGGCAAAAAAUCACUUCGUCAAGCCUGGAAGUAAAUUCGAAAGUUUGAAUCAGUAUGGCAUUGCUGACCUAUCAUCAUAUUAAGAAUAACAGAAAAAUGCCCAUUCCCCUCUCUCCUGUGUGUUUGUGUGCGUGAAUGUGUUCGCUAGCUGUUGGGAGAAUCCAUCCAUCAGGUCAGCUGCCCGUUUGUA